AUGUUCGUCGUGCUCUUCUCAUUUGUCCUCGCCGCUGUGACGCUGUCCGGCGCGUCAUCAGUUCACGGCGUUCAUCAAGAUCCUUGUGUCAAAAUCGCUGGACACUCUUAUGUCGCUCCUGCUGACGCUCUAGCUUGCAUGCGCUCUUUCCCUUAUAAUGAAACGCUCAAAAAAAAUGUCCUAGCUGUCGUCAGCGGUGCGUUGGACUUCUUCACGUUCGAGGCUGAGCAAAUCCACAGCCCACCUCCGUUCCAGGAGAGCUCCGUCAAUCUCCGCUCUGAGUUAGCGAGGAUAAAAGCCACCAAGUAUCCCACCGACUAUGACUUCAACAAGGAUCUCUUUGACACUAUCAACAGGCUGAACGAUGGGCAUACUCUUUGGCUCCCUUUCUGCUAUUGGGCUUCGUUUCAGAACAUAAUCCCCGCCCCUGUCGUCUCGCUUUCUGUGGACGGCGUGCAGAAUGUUUACAUUGCUCCAGACACAGUAGCUUUCAUCAGCCAACUUGGCGCUCUCUUCACAUCUUACUACGAUUCCAUAAAUUUCGAUUGGAAGAGAUACGCUGGCGCCAAGGUUCUCGAGAUUGGUGGUAUGCCUGCAUACUCCUACAUUGACCACAUCGCAUCCACCGUCAGUGGCAAUUACCUCGACCACGGGAUCCGAGUCAAUUCAGUGUUUUCGGGCUACAGGAUCGCCUCAAAUUCCUGGUCUCAGCGUUUAGGCGAUCUUGCGGGACCUUUCUUUCCUACUCUGACAUCCCUUGAAUUCAAGCUCAUCCGUGUCAAUUCUGCCAGAGUCGAGACGGUCAAGUUCCCCUACCGCGCUGCCUACAUCAACUCUGGUACCUUCACUGAUUCAGCAUCCUACUGGAAGGCCAACUGUGCUGUCACUGCGACUACGAACGGUCAGUCUUAUUACCCGUCCGACGCCGAAACUCAGCAGGGGUUCGUGAAAAUCGAGGAUCAUGACUCAAUCGUGGCCAGGAGGGUGCUGAAGAUGGUUGGUGCAAAGAAGGAACCCAUGGAUAUUGGUCGGCCGUCCGGUGUGGGGCUUCCAGCACCACAGUGGCCCACUGCUCCUCUGCAAGCUGGGACUGGUGUUUUGAAGAGCUAUAUUUUGCCAGAUAAGCCGGGCGUUGGUGUCAUGAUGGUGGGGUCAUUCGAACCAAGGGGCUUUGUUCAGUUCCAACAGGACGUUAUUGACUCUCUUUCGAAAUUCCGGGCCGCCAAAGUCACCAAGCUUAUCAUCGACGUGUCCAAUAAUGGAGGAGGCUACGUUUGCCUUGGGGAAUAUCUCCAUCUUGCUCUUGUUGGAAGCAGCUUUGGCUAUGGAGGAUUUACGACAUCCCACCGUGCUAAUGACCUUGCUCGAGUCGUGGUCGCUGCCGAUAUCAAACGGGGCGUUAACGCGUCGAUAUCAUUCUAUGCACCUGAUAACUACGCGUUCCUCAACGGUACACCCCUUCCGAAAACAUACAACUACAUGGAGCCUCCCGUCUCCCACCAGGUCAACGGUUUGCGUGAGCCUGUUGGUCAGCGCAUUCUCGAUAAUUCUUGUACGCCAUUCAAGGUUGCCUUACCGCCCAAACCUUAUUUCAAGGCUGAAAAUAUCGUCAUUGUCGGAAAUGGGAAUUGUGCCUCUACAUGUGCACAGUUCACAACUGUCAUGCGCGAGCGUCACAACGUUAAGAUGGUUGUCUUUGGUGGCAAACCCGGCGAGCCAAUGGAGUAUAAGGGUAUGGCCGGCAACCAAGUGCUUGAUUGGCCCGACCUUAAUUCGGAGUUAUUGACCGCAGGCGUGAAGACUAAUCCUCAGGCACCCCCUGACUUGAUCAUCAAUGGUGAUAUUCGGAUCAACUGGAGAACGGCCUAUAGCUGGAAAGAUCAGAAUACACCUAUCGCCUUCCGCAGCGAUCGUGCUCCAUACCGGUUUCCUUAUACGCCCGACAUUGUGCAUACUCCGCAGGCUCUCUGGUAA